CAUCGCCUCCAAUUCGCCCAAUUUCAACUUCUCCGCAUCCUCAAGAAUCAGCGGCGGCCACUCUCUGUUCAAUUACCAUGUGCGGUUCACAGCAAUAAGUCCCCGUUUUCUUGCCCUUCCGCCUCAAACAGAGAUAUGGUGACGCUGGUGGUGGCGACGACGGCGGAUCCGGCAUCCUUUGGGCCGUCCACGGCGCUGCUCUCCAUGCCCGGGUGGACUCCCGGCCCGAAUCUUGACUCCGGCAUCAGAAGCUUCUCCAACAAGCACCUCCGAUUGCUUCAGCAUGAUAAGAGUAUUGUCGAAGAGGAUGACUUGGAUCUCCGCUGGACCCAGGCUUCCGGCGAGCCCGUCGACGAGGUCAUCUUCCUCAGCAAGCACACCGCCGUCUCCAACCGGCCGGCCCUCACCAUCCACCCCAUCGGAGUGCCCCAUUUGAAGGAAGGUGAUGUCCCGCCGCAAGGAGGGAGGCCCGGGUGGGCGGCACCGCCUAAUCCUAGGAUGGGUCCUUGGCUGGUUCUCUUGAAGAAGAUUGCUCAUGAUCAUAAACUGCUUCCUGAGUUUGAGAUUACUUUGGAGGCCACUCAUCACGGACCCAUCACUACCAAGCCAACAAUGUUCAUUGAGAUAGGUAGUACCGAGGAGUACUGGAAGAGGGAAGAUGCUGCGCAUGUUGUUGCUUUACUAGUUUGGGAAGGACUUGGUCUGGAAGGAGGAACUGCCAUCGGGACUUGGAACAGCUGCAGCACACAAAAGAAAAAGGUUCUUCUUGGACUUGGUGGAGGGCACUAUGUUCCCAGGCAUAUGGACAUAAUCCAGAAAGAUGGCGGAUGGGUUGGCCAUCUCCUGUCAGGGUAUUUGUUGCCGAUGGAAGAUCCAGGACAAACAAAAGUGAAAGCAGAAGAUGUUAGAGGAACUUGGCGACAAGCGAUUAAAGCGGCUUACGAUGCCACGAGGGAAGCUUUUCCUAAUGGUGAAAUUUUGGCUCAUCUUGACCAGAAGAGCUUCAAGGGCUGGCAGAAGAACGUCAUCACCGAAUACUUAGCGUCGCAACACAUUGAGGUUGGCAAGCCAAGCGACUUCUAUUGAUUGUUAUGAACCCCGAGGUUCUAUGGCUUCAAUUGCGGAUUUCACUUUUAUAGGGUAUAUUGCAUUUUAGUAGGAGAAAGUUCUACGUACAUACACUCUCUAGUUUUUUUUUGGGAUUUUAUUAGAUUUGUUGUCGUCGUAGGGUAUAUUGCAUUUUCACUUGGGCAUUCUCAUGCCAAUUCUUACACUUAUGCCAAUUUUAUGGGUUCCAUUUGCUUAGUAAAAUUAAGUUUGUUUAUUUAUCUGUACUUUAAUUCCUAUGUAAAGUAAUUUAGUCUUCCAAGUUCUUUUUUUUUUUUUGACGAUAGUCUUCCAAGUUCUAUUUAUGUAAUAGUUUAAUAAUUUCUAUGGAGAUUU